AUGCACAAGCAUUACAAAGUCCACUUCGCCAAGGACGCCCAGACCCCUAGCAGGCACUACUUCUGGGACCCAGAACUUGAUCUGGCUCAUGCGUGCCGGUGCCCCCCGGAGGUCAGAGACGCAGGCCCAGUCACCCCCACUUCCUUCCUUCCAGGAUGCUGUCAUCCGCGGCGCCAGGACUCAACGGCCCUCCGAGCCCAUGGGCCCUGUCGGUCUUCCCCCCAGUCACACUGGCAGCUGGCCUACCACAGCCACCAAGCAGGUGGCAGUGGCUGGCGCCGGGCCCCCCCACCCUCCGUCCAGCAGCAGCAGCAGCGGCAGCCCCAGCCCCCACCUCCCAGCCCCAUGCGACAGCGGCUCUGCCCCAUUCAUGAAGCCCAGAAGGGGCUGCCUGCAAUCUCCACUGUCCCCAGGGGACCGGCUGGCGCCCCCCAGGCGCCCCCCUUAGUCAUCACGGCACUCGCCACAGCCAGCAGCGGCCCUGCCCUACGCUCUGCGGCCAGCGUCUUCCUGGAGCCCAGCGAGCCCACUGAUGCCCGGCCCCUGCCUGCCCCAGCGGCCUGCGGCUCCUUCACCUACAGCUCCGGUGCUCACCCCGGCCUUCCUGGGGGCUCCGUGCCUGCUCCUGCCACCUCACUUCUCGCCUGCUCCCCUUGCACCUGCCUAGCGUCAUCCACACUCUGUCCCUGCUCCCACCGCCUCACUUCCCACCUGCUCCCCUUGCACUUGCCUUCUUCAUCCACACCCUGGUCCCUGUCCAGGAGGGGUGCGUCUCUGGCCCCCGGGGCUCAGGCUGGCUCCCUCUGCUUUGUAUGUCGGGGUCUAAGGCUUCCAGGCCAGGCCUAUCCGGCGCCUCCAUCCUGGGCCAGGCAGCGAAGGCCUCCCUCUCGCUCCCCGUCUCGCUCUGCCGACACCCUAGCUGUGCUCUGGUCUCUUCUCAGCCACCUCCUUUGGCCCAGCAGGCUACAGGGGACAUGGGGCAGGGAUGGUGAGCCCUGGCUUGUUGGCGGCUCUGGGUGGGAGAGAGAGCUAGGGAGUGACCUGAGGAGCGAGAACUCAGGUCAGCAACGGGAGGAAGCACUCCCUCAUUCACUUCAUGACUAGAUAUCCAGCACCCUGAGUGUGCCAGGCCGUUU